CGACCACCAUGCCUCCCAAGCAGGAUCUGAACCGCUCAGGAUGGGAGUCAACCGACAUGCCCUCGGCCUGUGAAAACUGCCUUGGUGACAACCCCUAUUGCUGUAUGCUCGAUCUGAGCUUUGGACUUCCCAUCGUUGUGCGCGACGCCGCCUUGAAGAUGAUCACACCUGGACCAAACAGCGAAAUCAACAGGGAAUACUAUGCACAAANNAAUCAUGAGAAGGAAAUCGAAGAGGGUCGAGGAGCUAUCGAGGCUUAUGAACAGACGGACGAAAAGGCUAGGGAUCUGCUGCGCAGACUCGCCCAGAGCGAGCCUCACUACAAGAAACAGAGAAGAUUGGAAGAGGAGGGCGCUGCGUCAGGACAAAAGAUGCUCGAGGGGCCUUCUUCGGAAGGUGCCAGACCUGGACUCAUUCGUACGAAAGACUCGAGGCCAGCAGGAUAUGGACCUCCAUCACGCCCCGUCAAGGGGGCAUCCAGAGCACGCCCAUUCCCCAACACAGCAACUCUGCCACCACAACCACAAGACAUUCUUCCCCCGGCCGACAAAAAUGUCAUGUCACUUUUCGUCACUGGUGUUGAGGAUGACUUGCCCGAACACGACAUUCGCGUCUUCUUCUCACAGUUCGGAGCUCUCCGCUCUCUCAUCUGUUCACAUCGAUCACACUGCGCUUUUGUGAACUACAUGACCAGAGAUACAGCCGAGGCAGCGGCUGCUUCAUGUCAAGGAAGAGCUGUUGUCAAGGGUGUGCCACUCAGAGUGCAGUGGGGCAAACCCAAGACAUUGGACAACAUGGACAGAGAGGCUCGCAUGGCAAACGCAAGAGCUGGACGCGAGACGAACGCAGCAGUCAAGGCGGCUUCAUCUACAAGGCCGGCAAUCGCUGCUGGUCCUUCUUCCUCAGCUGCUGGACCAUCAGGCAGCACAGACAACUUUGAUCUGGUCGCGCCUCCGCCUGGAUCAGAGGAUGUUCAAUACGCAAGUUUGGCAGGCGAG